AUGGACAACCUCACUAUCUUCACAGAAUUCCUCCUCAUGGGUGUCACAGGCUCCCUGGAGCUCCAGCUUCUGCAAGGUGUGCUGUUCUUACUGACUUACUUAGGAGCACUGACGGGGAAUCUCAUAACUGUCACUCUUAUCGUGACAGACACACGUCUGCACUCUCCCAUGUACUUUUUCAUAAGCAACGUGGCCCUCAUAGACCUUGGCAGUAUCUCAGCUGUUGUUCCCAAAGCCUUGGUGAAUUCCAUGACAGGCAGUAAUGCGAUCUCCCUGACAGAGUGUGCUGCACAGGUUUUUCUGAAUAUCCUUUUUGGAGCAGUGGAGAUUGCAUUCCUGGUGGUCAUGUCCUAUGACCGCUAUGUGGCCAUCUGCCACCCUCUCCACUACAGGGUCAUCAUCACCCCGAGUCUGUGUUCCCAGGCCAUAGCUGGCUCAUGGGCCUCUGGUUUGGUCUACUCUGCGAUCCACACAGUAACUCUGUUUAGGCUUCCCUUCACCAAGACCAAUGUGAUCCACCAAUAUUUCUGUGAUAUUCCCCAAAUUUGGAGUAUAUCAUCCUCAGAUGUCCAGUUUUCUGAAUUUGUGAUCAUCAUUGCAUGUGUUUGCCUUGUCUUAUCAUGUAAUGCCUUUAUAAUUAUUUCAUACAUUAAUAUAUUUUCAACUGUGCUUAAGAUCCGUUCAGUGGAAGCCCGUAACAAAGCCAUAUCUACCUGCACUCCUCAGCUGUCCAUUCUCCUGAUGUUUUUCAUUUCUGUAGCAGUGGCUGUCUUGGGUCCUAUUGCACAGAAACCAUCCCUGAAGAACCUGCUGACUGCCAUGUUCUACACCAUGGUGCCCCCAUUCCUAAACCCCAUCAUCUACUGUCUGCGCAACAGGGCAAUUAAUGCUGCUCUGCAAAGAGUGCUCAAUAGAUAUUCUAAACUCCCAGUCAAGGGUUUGCUUGCAUAA